UCGAAGAAGAAAUUCAUCCACCCACAGGCCAACGGCAGAAAACAACGUAAACAAAGCAACAUAUUUGGCUAAAUCAGGACAUUUAAUCCGUUUAGCUCUUGUUUUAUUGUCUCAAUAUAUUGCAGAAUAACUGCUCGAUGUUGUAAUUUAGCUAAAAGUAUCAUUGUCAGUCAUGUUUGUUUGGAUUUCGGGAUUAUAAAGGCCUUGAAGUCGUUCUGCUAACGGAAGCCCAUGAUUCAGCUGGAGAAGCCGGUGCUGACUGGGACCAUGCCGGUGGUCUGGCCCACCAUCCUGGACCUGGGCAGGGACGAGUGCAAGAGAAUUCUCCGUAAACUCGAGCUGGAGGCGUAUGCCGGGGUGAUCAGCGCCCUGCGAGCCCAGGGAGACCUGACCAAGGACAAGAAGGAUCUGCUGGGAGAACUCACUAAAAUCCUCGGUAUCUCCACAGAGCGCCAUCGUGCAGAAGUCCGCAGAGCUGUCAACGAUGAGCGCCUCACCACCAUCGCAUAUCACAUGUCGGGUCCUAACAGCUCGUCUGAGUGGUCGAUCGAAGGACGUCGCCUCGUUCCCCUGAUGCCGCGGCUCGUCCCACAGACAGCCUUUACCGUGACCGCUAACGCAGUAGCCAGCGCCUCAGCCAAUCAGAACGCCUCCUUUCUGAUGCCAGCGGAAACAGGAAACAAAGAAGUGGUCGUAUGUUACUCCUACACGAGCACCACGGGCACCUCCACCAGCGCCACAGCGAGCAGCGGAGCCAUCGGAGCGGCGGUGAAAUCUCCCAGACCCCCGAGCCCCUCCUCCAACGUGGUGGUGCUGCCCAGUGGGAGCACGGUCUACGUCAAGAGUGUGAGUUGUUCGGACGAAGAAGAGAAGCCUCGAAAGCGCCGGCGGACCAACUCGUCCAGCUCGUCUCCGGUGAUGCUGAAGGAAGUGUCCAAAAUGUCCCCCCCGGUGUCCAAGAGCAUCACGGUGCCGGUGAGUGGCAGCCCCAAGAUGAGCAACAUCAUGCAGAGCAUCGCCAACUCGCUGCCCCCCCACCUGUCCCCCGUCAAGAUCACCUUCACCAAGCCCACCAUCCAGACCACCAACACCACCACGCAGAAGGUGAUCAUCGUGACGACUUCUCCCAGCUCCAACUUCGUGCCCAACAUCCUGUCCAAGUCUCACGCUCACAACGCCGCUCUCUCCAAGCUGGUGUCCACCACCAUGCUGACGGCGCCCUCGCAGAAACAGACGGUGGUGUUUCCAGCCAGCGCACACGUCUCCUCCAGCAACGUGGCCGUGACCACCGUGAGCACCUGCACGCCCUCCGUGGUGAUGUCAACAACAUGUGCCUCUUCAGGCGGAGUGAAGGUGACCUCCACUCGACUCCCCUCCCCCAAGACGAUGGUGGGCUCCCCGGCUCAGAUCCUGGCUCAGUUCCCCAAGCAGCAUUCGCCCAAACCGCUGCAGCAGGGCUCCUCUCUGGGGGUCUGCAGCGUCACGCAGACCUCCAGCUCCUCGCCGGGCUGCAAGCCCACCAUCCAGAUCAAGCAGGAGUCCGGUGUGAAGAUCAUCACCCAGCAGGUGCAGCCCAGUAAGAUCCUCCCCAAGCCGUCCUCCGUGGCUCUGUCCAGCAGCAGCUCCUCCCCCAUCAUGGUCGUCAGUAGCAACGGCGCCAUCAUGACCACCAAACUGGUCACUCAGUCCACAGCGACCCAGGCCACCUACACGCGGCCCACGGUGAACCCCAGCAUCGGAGCCCGGAUCUCGGCCUCCAGCGGCGGGACGACCUACGUGAAGACGACCAGCGGCAGCAUCAUCACCGUGGUUCCCAAAUCCCUGGCAACGCUGGGCGGGAAGAUCAUCAGCAGUAACAUGGUCUCCGGCACGACGACUAAGAUCACCACCAUCCCGAUGUCCUCCAAGCCGAACGUCAUCGUGGUUCAGAAAACGACGGGAAAAGGAGCGACGAUCCAGGGACUGCCGGGGAAGAACGUGGUCACCACACUGCUCAAUGCUGGGGUGUCGCCAAAGUUAGAAAACUUCACAUCCUACAUUAAGGGCGAGAAGGGUCUUCAGGCGGUUCAGGGAUCAAAACCAGCAAUCAUCACGGCCUCCAGACCCAUCACCAAGAUGAUCGUCACGCAGCCCAAAGGCCUCGGCGCCGGGUCGCAGGGUAGCACCACCAAGAUCAUCCCGACCAAGAUCGUGUACGGGCAGCAGGGCAAGACCCAGGUUUCCCUCCAGGUCCUCAUCAAACCGAAGCCGGUGUUCCAGACGGCGAUGGUGAGCGAGCAGACGAGGCAGCUGGUGACCGAGGCGCUGCAGCAGGUGAGCCGCGCCGCCGAGCUGAGCCAGAACCAGAUCCAGAAUCAGAUCCAGAAUCAGAUCCAGAUCCAGGACGGGUCAGCGAAGGACGAGUCCGGAGAGACGUCGCACAGCAGCGCUCAAGAUCCUCUGCCUGUAGUGCACAUGGUUUCCUCCAGAGAGCACGACUGGACGGAGCAGGAGAUCUCCGUGGAGUCCAGCCCAACCAUCAUCUACCAGGAGGUUUCCGCUGUGGAGGCUCAGUCUGCAACCUCCACCAUCAAAGCCCUGCUGGAGCUGCAGCAGACCUCAGUGAAAGAAAAGGCAGAGGCCAAACCUCGUCAGCACACCAUCGAUCUGAGUCAGAUGGCCGUUCCCCUCCAGCUGGUUCCGGAGAAGAAGCCGAGCCCCGAGUCCCCGAGACCCUCGUCCUCCUCCGAGGCUGAACCCAGCGCAGAGCACAGCAUCGCAGGGAAAGUGAUCAGCAGAGCGUUGAUCUCCUCGGAGGACGAUAACGUGGUGAUGUCGUCCAGCCAGAUGCCAACCAGGCCUUACAAAAUCAGCCAUGUUACCGUGGUGACCAAACCGGCUGGUACCGUGUCGUCCGCGGCGAUGGCGUCACACCUCGUGCACUUGCCCUCUGACAGCAGCGGUAAAACAGACAGUGUGUUGGAGGUGGGGGAGCUGGAGGGCGACACCCUGGACCCCCAAACCGGCUUAUUUUAUCGCUCCAGCCAACCAGCUGCAGACCCAACAAAACAAACCCUCCAUCUUGCAGCAACUCAGCUUCUUUCGGGCCAAGUUACCUCAAUUUCCACCUCCACCCAACCACCGCCACAACUCCAAAGCAAACCUCAAAUCCUCCAGCCUUCCUCUUCCUCCGCCUUCCCCUCCACCCUCACUCUGACUAAGAAACUCCCCAAACUACGGGAGCAGAUUCAGCCCAAACUUUUGCCCCCGAGCCCCAAAGACAGACCCCUAACUGCACCAGCAUUUGCCUCAGGAGUGAAAGUCGUGAUUCAAGGAACGCCAAUCAAAACCCUGGUGACGCCACAGCUCCCAAAACUCCAACAGGCGCCAACGUCCCUCCACAGACCCCUGCACACCCCCAUGUCUCACCCUCCCCCCCUGCAGGCGCAUCACCCCGUCAGCACCGAGAAGACCUCCUCCAGCCAGCAGCCAAUCAUCACUCAGAGCGCGACCGUCACUAAGAUCACGUUCGGAGGCUCCCAUCUCUCCUCGCCGGUGUUCAGCAGCGCCGAAGCCGCCGCAAAACUAAUCCCAGAGUCCAGCUCCGUGCGGCCGUCUGGAGAGAAGCCCUCGGUGUCGGACAUCUUGAAAAUCUCCAUGAUGGAGGCGGAGAUCGACCCUAGCGUGGAGCCCAUGGUGGUGGAUUCCUCCAGUGACUGUGGCCCUCUGGGUAAAAACCAGGCGGUGACGAUGGAUUCGGGUCCGUUUAUCAGCAGCUCUGGGGCCCAUCACUCUCUCUCAAAGGGCCCGAAGUUCAGCUGCAUGCCGGGCCUCACAGUGCAGAGGAGCAAGGAGGACAUGGAGGUCAUCGAGGUGAUUCCUCAGUACUCCAUCCUGCCCGACUCCAGCCAGUCCAACGUGGUGGUGGAGCCCAGCGGCUUCCUGGAGAUCACCAACUACACCAGCCAGCAGCUGGAGGAGGACAGCCCCAUGGAGCAGGAGGUGGACAGCAGCAACGACGAGGCGACCGCCGCAAGCCCCCCCAACCAACCGUAGACAAACCAUAGACCCCCCUAACCAACCAUAGACCACC